AUGGGCGAAAGGAUGCCUCUCCCAACAAGACGCAGUCCCUUCACCAUAGAUAUUCUCAACGAGGUAUUACCUCAAGGAGUAAAGAUCUCGGGGUUACCUCAAUUUGAAGGGACCACCGAACCACAGGAACAUAUAGAGAAAUUCAGUGCCAUGGCGGAUUUAUAUGGCCCAACGGAUGCUGCGAUGUGCAAAAUGUUCCGUACCACUCUGUCCAAGAGGGCAAUGAAUUGGUUCAACUCUCUACCCAUAGGGUCGAUUGACACCUUCGCUCGGCUGUCAACCCGGUUCACCAACCAAUUCGCCAUCAACAAACAAUAUGCCAAGACCCCAGCUCAUCUUUUCUCAGUAGUACAGAGAGAUAACGAGACGCUCCGCAACUACAUUAAGCGUUUCGUAGAAGCCGUCCAUGAGGUCCCUAGUGUGGGGCAAGACAUGCUCUCCGGGAUUAUGCAGCAGAAUUUGAAACCGGGUAGAUUCAAAGAAUCUAUCGCCGGAAGACCCCCAGGCAACUUAGAGGAGUUACUGAAUCGAGCCGAAAAAUACGUCCGGAUAGAGGAAGCCUCUACCCAUGCUCCUCCUAAAAGAAAAAGGAAAGAUGACCGUCAGGACAAUAGGAAGCGCGAUGAUCGACGUCCACCACUUCCACCUCAAGGCCAACCCUCUUCCUCCUACAAUAGGUUCACUCCGCUAAACGCUCGCCUCGCGGAAAUCCUUCACGUGAUAGAACAGAAAGGUUUAGCAGAACCUCCACGUCCUAUGCAGCCAAACGCAAAGCGAGAAAAAUCGGAUCGUUAUUGUCGAUUCCAUAAGGACAAAGGGCAUACUACGGAGGAAUGUUCACAACUCAAAGUGGCGAUUGAGAGGCUGAUCAAACAAGGCCAUUUAGGCGAAUACAUUGAUAAGCCACGAAAUAAGCGCCGUGAUGAUCCUCCACGCCGAGAUAACAAUCGAGAUCAACAACAAAGACGAGAGGAGGGGGGUCAUCGACGUGACCUAGAUAACAACGAUAACCAGCCUACCCGGGGAAUCAUCUCCUUUAUCUUCGGAGGACCGGCGGGGGGCGAUUCACAAAAUGCAAGACGCACCCUCGCUCGAUCAGCACGCAUGAAUCAAGAACGUGCUUCUCCAUCCGCACGCAUAUAUCAAAUACGAAGACCAGAUCACAGCAUAGUCUUCAACUCCUCCGACCUUGAAGGUCCAGAUGAAGACCAUGUCGAUGCAUUAGUAGUAACAACAACGGUGGCCAACUUCUUGGUCAAGAAGAUAUUAGUGGACGGUGGGAGCUCAGCUGACAUCAUGUACCUCCACGCUUUUAAGCAGCUAGGCAUAGAUAAUGCCCGUUUUAGUCCCAUCUCCACACCCCUGAAAGGGUUCACAGGAGAAGGCAUUUUGUCCAUGGGAGAAGUGGAGCUACCUGUUUCUUUAGGGGAAGACCCCUGUCGAAUCACGAAACUAAUCAAGUUCCUCGUCGUCGACAGGCCAUCACCCUACAACAUCAUUCUGGGGAGGCCAGCCAUCCAUACAUUCAAGUCAGUGCCUUCCUCCUACCAUCAGAAGUGGAAGUUCCCUACUCCCUAUGGAAUGGGGGAAGUACUUGGAGAUAGACGACGUCUCGCCCGAGAGUGCUAUGCAAGGGCCCUACGAGAACCUUCCAAGAAGCCUAAACCACCCGGAAGGGGAGACGACACCCAAAAAUCCGACAAACGGAAGUGGGUCAACGCGAUCAUUGAGGAUAAUAAAGAAAUCCUCCUCAGUGUACCAGAUGACAGCAUCAAGCUAGCAGCUGUCGAAGAGCUUAAGCUCAUAGAGCUCAUUCCCGGAGAUACUUCCAAGAUCAUACGAAUAGGAUCCGAUUUAGAUCCAACCACGGAGCAGCAGCUAAUCAACUUCCUGCGACACAAUGGAGAUGUGUUCGCAUGGAAAGCCCACGAUUUGUCGGGCAUUCCUCCUCAGGUAGCUCUACAUCGGCUCAACGUCGACAAGAGGUUGAAGCCAGUCAAACAAAGAAAGCGGACAUUUGGUCCUGAGCGCAACAAGCAUAUCACAGCGGAAGUGGCAAAACUCCUUGAAGCGGGCCACAUACGACCAGUCCAGUAUCCUGAAUGGCUGUCGAACGUAGUACUCGUUCCCAAGCCGGGGGCAAGUAGAGAUUAUGCGUAG